AUGAGUUCCAAAUUGCAACAUGUUCUUAAUUGCUCCCUCGACGACUAUAUUGCGGAAAAAGGUAUUGUCGCUAGCAUUCGUCCACAGCCGAAUGCAUCAGCAUCAGCUAGUAGUUUCAAGAGACAACUUCGUUCCGAAGAGGAAGAAGAUGAGAACGAAGAUGACCGUUUUUUCGAGGACCGGACUGGAAUGGAUGUUACGCUAAGUCCCCAGACUCAAGAAUCAUCCCCAGCAGUCGAAAUGAAAGAAGACGCAACGGAAGACACAAAUGGAGGAGAUGCUGAGAUGACAGUACAAUUGGACACCGAUUCGGAGCAGCGUACAUUUGUUACCGAGGAAUUUAAACGAGGCAUUAAGCAUAUGCCGUCGCAACAGUGGCGCUUAUUGAGACAAAAUCAAGUCUGGAAUAAGCCGUCAGGUAUACCUCCGUUAAAAGCUAUUUUUGAUCGUAAUACCGAGCAAUUGAUUGCCUCUUUCGGCGAAAAUGCUCAAUUUCCGAAUGCUGACGCUCGUAACCGGAUCAACCAGAGGUUGAACAAUCAACGGUUUAAUAAUAAUUUUAACAGGAAUAAAAACAGAAAUGGCCAUCAUAAUAACAACAGAAAGAAUUGGAACAAUCGUAAUCGAAACCAGUACGGAAAGAAUCCGUAUAUGAUUCCAAGCUUCAAUCCUAAUGUGGACAAGAUAGAGAAUCGCGGCAAUGCACCAACGAUGGCUAACGGAAACGACAAUCAAGUCAGAGAUCUGCGCACGUUCAUUACGCCGCCUUCUUCUCUGCUGUCCGUCGGUGGCCUAGGCCAACCGCAAGCAAUCCCUUCGCUUGGUCAGCCACAGCUGGUGACAUUCGCCGAUAUGCUUAACCGAAUCGGACAGGUUUCAACGGUACAGGAACGAGACACUUUCACAGAUGUAAUUCGCAAUGUCAUGCGUACCCAACAACAGCAACAAUCGGCUGCAAUGAUGCCGUCAGUAAAUCCGCAAAAUAUGUCUCAAAACGAGUUGAUGCCAUUCGCUGCGCAAACACUACUAAAUCACAUCUCGACGGUUCAGCAGAACUUUGGUCCCAAGUAUGACAUGAAGGUGCAGAAGGAGAUACACACUCUGCAAGGUAAGACGAUGUUUUAUAGGUCGUCCGGGGUCGUUAGUGCCGACGGUCCGGGUAUCACCAACGAACGUGUCAAACCGGUUACAACCGAUUUGAGUAUGAAUAUGCGUUUUAGUUAA